AUGGAGAGUGUUCACGGCGUCGACGUGAGCUGGAUGAGCAAGCAUGGAGAUGCCCGCGCUGCCGUCGCCUCUUCCUCCGAAAAGCCAAAAACAGUACAUCAUGGCCAUCCUGCAGACUCCCAGCCGACGGCCCCGAAGCCCAUACCAGCCAGACCAAACUACGCUCGCAGCACUUCGAGCGACAAGGCAACAACGCUGAACGGCAUCCUCUCAAGAUCCGUGUCCCCCUCGACCCCCUCGCGGCGGAACUCCUGGCUCUCCAGCAUCUCGUCCAAGUUCUCCUCGUCUGUCAGCCUACAUCCACAUGCUUCUCCCUCUACGCCGUCCUCACAGGCAAGUCCGAAUAUCCAGGAUGAGCCAACGAUACCUACAGGUCCUCAGUCCCCGAAAAAUGCUGUACUGCCACAUGCUGUGAAGCCUGCGGGCGAUGUACCGUACACGCCGGCGCCUCCGAAAUCUACAGGGCCGAAUUUCCUGCAGAGCGCUCUGAGGCGACUGUCGAGCUCUGCGGGGCAAUUACAAACACCUAGCAAAGGACUGAAUAACGGGAUCUGUGAGAGGAAGGUUCUGAACGUGGAUAAGAGUCGGGAGAGAUGCCACAUUUUGGAGCUGGAUCAGUCGAAACUGCGUAGGGUAGCUUUCUGCGUAGAUGUUGAGAUUGCGAGUGGACCGAAGUACUUGGAUGAGGAAGAAGGUGUGAAGGAUGAGGAGGGUGAAGAGAAGAGCGUUGUUGAGAAAGGGGAGGCCGAAGCGCUGAAGAAUCCUGAGGAGGUUACGAGUGAUAAGGAAGCUUGUGGGUUUGUGACUCCUGCUGGGGAGGGAACGGGAGAGGUGCAUCCUACGGAGAGUACAGGGCUGGAUACUACGACUACGAAUGUGAAGGACGAUGCUCCGGCGGCUGAUAACACGAAGAAGAGGGAAAAGAAGAAACGGAGUGAGGAGGAGAGGAAAGCCAGGAAAGAGAGGAAACGGAAAUUGGCAGAGGCUAAUGGGACCGUACCGGUCGAACUGGUUAGGAAUCCUAGCGAUAGCUCUGGGAGAGCAGUCCCUACAGGAAAUGGAAAAUCAAAGACUCAGGCCUCGCCCACGACCGACCCAGCACGGAUAUACCGACGAUGCUGUCAACUGAGGGAAACGCCUAUAUUGAAGAGGAUAACGGAGCAGUUGAUGGAUCCUGGCGGGCAACCUGGGGUACCCGGUGUGGUGGCCAAAUUAGAUCUCACCGGAUACUGGCUCCAACUUCCCGAUCUUGUCACCCUUGGGGAUUACUUCGCCGUUGUUCCCGUCAAAGAGCUGAUCAUGGAGAAUUGCGGACUGACUGAUGAGGGUGUCCGGGUUCUCCUAGCUGGUCUCUUAGCGGCAAAAUGUCCGGAUUGGGAAAGAAGAGCGCAUAAGAAGGGGAAAUGGGGUGAGGUACCUCAGGGUGGAUUCGUGGAGAGAAUCGUGUUUAAGAACAAUGCGAAGAUUGGUAGAGAUGGCUGGAGGUACAUAUCGACCUUUAUCGCUAUGUGUCGGACGUUGAAGUCGAUGGACUUAUCCAAGGUCCCUUUCCCUAAGCAAGUUUCGCCACCCAGCACGCCGAGUGUACAUGCGCAUGGCGUCAAUUCCCAUAUUAAUCGAACUGCAAGCUCAACAGGGACGACGAGCUCGGUAGCCACCAAUCCUGAUAUUUCCUGCCUUCUUGGCAAGGCGAUUGGCGAACGCCUUGCUGGCCGAGAAUUCGAGCUACUGAACUUGGCUGAAUGCGGGAUAAGCACGGAACAGCUGGGGACUGUCAUCGACGGGACCAUCAAGUCUGGGCUGCGGCGUCUCGGCCUCGCCGGGAACAACAUCACUUCCGAGGGGAUGCAGCAUGUUGCUCGGUUCAUCCGAGACGGCAAGUGUGAAGGUUUAGAUCUGGGUGGUAAUGAUCUGAAAGAUCAGCUGGGUGUGAUAGCAACAGCGCUAGGCGAGCAUGAGACCGGAUCCGAGCUUUACGCGUUGAGUCUUGCGGACUGCAGGCUUACCCCGGACUCGCUUUGGAGCUUGUUCCCAGCAUUGGCGAAGCUCACGAAUUUCCGGUUCAUUGAUCUAUCGCAGAACCAUGGGUUAUUUGAUUCGGAGGCGACUGCACUUUCGCUUCUCCGAAGGAUCCCAUCACUGAAGCGAAUACACCUCGCCGAUGUAUCCAUGACCUCUGAACAAGCCAUCGCGCUGGCAGAGAUCCUACCAGAGAGCCCGAACCUAGCGCAUGUCAACAUUAUGGAGAACCCAGGUCUGGCAGCUCUAGCCAGUGCCAAGGGCGAAGCCAACCAAGAAGAGGCGUGCGCCCUAUACGCCUCCCUCAUGGCCGCCGUCCGUGUCUCGAAAACAAUCAUCUGUAUCGAUAUUGAGGUUCCAUCCCCUGAGUCGUGUGAGGUCGUCAAGGCCCUAGCCAAGCAAGUUGUUGCUUACUGCUUGUGGAAUAUGGAGCAUGGGCCGGUGGCUGAGAUUGAUGAGACUGCCGUGGCGAUAACAGAACCUCAUUGCGGCGAAAAGGAGGUUUCUGUGCCGGACGUCCUAGUACAUCUCGUAGGUGACAUCGAAGGCGAGCAUGACCAUGACGAAGACGAGCCAGCGCCUGAUGAUGAUUAUGUUAUUGGUGGCACCGGCGUAGUCAAGGCAUUGGGUAUCUGCCUACGGAACAAAGGAAAUGAAUCGAGACGACCAUCAUCUGAUAGUCUGUUCGAUUCAAAGGAAGGUGAUAGCCGUCCGGUAGCGCCGAGUACAGCUGUGGGAGCAGGAAAGGCCAAGGACAUGUCCAAGAAUCUUCUUGGAAGCGCUCGUAAGAUUAGAGCAAGGUUACAGCCUGCACUUGUCAAGGAGUCGCGGUCUGCCAAUAGUAUCAACUACAUGCGUCUCCAGUUUCUAGACCAAACCCUAGACGGCAUGAUCAAACGGUUCGAAGACGAAUAUCCCGAAACCCGCCUACAAGAUUCGACGACAGUUGCAUUCUCCCCCGCAUUGGACCCAUCAAGUCCAUCUCUGAGCAUCGAGGCCCCUACGAGCGGCGGCGACACUGCUGACGGCGACCCCUCCUUCCCAGAAACCACGCAGAUUUCCGAUGACGAAUACCACCCCAUCCGACCCGUUCUCUCGCGACACAAUUCGGACGUCUCGCUCGCGAACCGCGCCCUUGCGCAGGAAGAAGGCCGCAUGCAUCGCUUCGGCCAACAGUUCCGCCGCGAAAUCCUCAAGCCCGAGACGGGAGACCCGGACCACGGCACGGUGGACCUAGAGGAAAAGCCUCGGCAUCUGCAGUGGCUACGGGCGAUGGUGGACGGCUUCGGCGGCGAGGAGAUUAAGAACCACAUCCUGAGUCGAGGCGACGAGGCCGUGCUGGAGGAGCUGAACAACGAGGCGUCUGUGCUGAGGCGGCAGUUGCAGGAGCAGGACCCUGAGGGAUGGAUGAAAUUCGUGGAGAGUCAGGAGAAGGCGGUUCGGAACCAGCGGUUGGCCGGGGUGGAGAAGAACGUCAGCGCUAUUGAUUAG